AUGAGCAGCAGUAGUAACAAUAGCGACAACAAUGACAAUAAUAACAGCAGCAGCAACACUUCAGAAGAUAUACAGCCAACAACAGUUACAUCACCAAAUAAAAAACAAGAGAAUGAAGAUGAAGGAGAAGAACCAAUAUCAGGAUUGAUUAAAUCAGAUCAACUCGAUGAUUACAAUACAAGAUUGGUUGUUAUGCAGAGUGAUCCUAAUUCACCUUUGUACUCUGCAAAGACAUUCGAAGAUUUAAAAUUGAAACCAGAGAUUCUCAAAGGUGUAUAUGGUAUAGGAUUUAAUAAACCAUCAAAGAUUCAAGAAGCUGCAUUACCAUAUAUCAUUGAUUUAAAACAAAACUUAAUAGCACAAUCACAGUCUGGUACAGGUAAAACAGCAGCAUUCUCAUUGGGUAUGCUUAAUACAGUCGAUCCUUCAAUACCACUUCCACAAGCAAUAUGUGUAUGUCCGACACAAGAGUUGGCAAUUCAAAUACAUGGUGUAGUUUGUACACUUGGAAAGUUCUCUUCAAUUAAACCACUAUUAUAUAAUAAUAAUAAUAAUAAUAAUAGUAAUAAUAAUAUUAUGUAUGUAUAUACUUUAGUUAAAAAAAUAGAGAAUCAAGUAAUUGUAGGUACUCCUGGAAAGCUGUUGGAUCUUAUGAGUAAGCGAAUACUUCCGACACAAAAGGUGGCGAUGAUGGUAUUGGACGAAGCCGAUCAAAUGAUAGAUAAACGUGGAAUGAAUGACCAAUCGAUGAAAAUCAAAAUGUUCCUACCGAAAAGCGUACAGGUCUUGUUGUUCUCUGCAACAUUCUCGCUGGGCGUCGAGCAAUAUAUCAAAGAGUUUGUUCCACAGCCAAACAUUAGCAUUAGACUCAAGAAAGAGGAGCUAAGCGUCGACAAGAUCAAACAGUUCUAUAUCGACUGCAAUACUCCCGAGAACAAACCAUUGGUACUCUCUGAUAUCUAUUCAUACAUAAGUAUUGGACAAAGUAUUGUAUUUGUACAUACAAAAAAGACAGCUUCACAGUUAGCAACAAAGAUGCGUGCUGAAGGAUUCUCAGUGUCGUCGAUCACCGGUGAUGACUCUGCAGAUCUGAGAAUGGAACAGAUCAAAUUGUUUAGAGAGGGUAAGACCAAGCUGUUGAUUGCAACCAAUAUCUUGGCGAGAGGUAUCGAUGUUCUACAGGUGUCGUUGGUGAUCAACUAUGAUGUUCCACUGGAUGUCGAGGGUAGACCAGACCCUGUCACCUAUUUACAUCGUAUUGGUAGAGUUGGUCGUUUCGGUCGUUCCGGUGUCGCAAUCAAUUUCGUCAAAGAUCAACACGACCUCAACAAGAUCCUAAACAUAUCGAAACACCUAAAUAGAGAGAUCAAAGAAUUGAAACGUUCAGAUAUUGAAUCACUCGAUGCCAUAUUAAGAGGUUUGAAAGAUUUAACACCAUUAUCAUAA